GGCGGUCACUCGAUCUCGUACUUGCACUCAGCGUUUCGCACGGCUACCGAAACACCCCUCAAUCCUCAAUCCAAGGAUUUGGACAUUGUGUAUGCGUCUCCUUUCUCCGCAGUGGUUUCUAGGGUUUUACUCCAUUUCUUGAAUCGAUCCGUACGGCGGUGUUAUUAGCGAUGGAGGACGAUGCGGAGUUGGCGAAUAAAUCGGUUUCGGCUGAAGAGACCCAGGUGAAUCCCGUGGCUUCAGGUGAUGCUGGUGCUGGUUCUAGCGCGGAGGGUUCUGGCGAAUUGAUAGCUACUGAUGAGGCUGCAGCUUCAUCCAUGGAUAUCGAUUCGAAGACUACGGGGAGAGAAGAUGAUGACGACGGAGCUGCUAGGGUUUCAGACGGUGAAAGAUCCGAGGAGGUAAGUCCUGCGGCGUACAAAGGGAGUGAGGAUGAUGGGAAGAAUGAUAAGGAGCCUAUGUUUUCCGAAAUGAAAAGCGAAGAUAGAGCUGAUAGCCCUAUCGAGAGGACAAAUCCCAGUCUAGAGGUUAAAAACGAAGUGUCUGAUGAUCAAUCUGGUGAGAUUGGCACCGGAGAUGCGGAGAAUGAGGAACAGAUGGAUUUACAAGAUGAGCAGCGAGGAGAUGAAUCAAGAAGUUACGCAGUUUCGGAUUACAAAUCUCUCCUAUCUGAGUUUGAUGAUUAUGUAGCCAGUGAGAAAAUAGGUACUGGAAUUUCAAGGGCAUUGAGUUAUGGGUUCGAACUGGGCGAUCUGGUAUGGGGAAAGGUAAAGUCUCAUCCUUGGUGGCCUGGUCAUAUAUUCAACGAAGCAUUUGCGACGCCCUCUGUUCGUCGCACAAGGAGGAUAGGCCAUGUCCUGGUUGCUUUCUUCGGGGAUAGUAGUUAUGGGUGGUUCGAUCCUGCCGAGCUUAUCCCAUUUGAACCACACUUUGCUGAAAAAUCGCAGCAAAUGAAUUCGAAGAACUUUGUGAGGGCUGUCGAGGAAGCUGUGGAUGAAGCGAGUAGGCGGUCGGCUCUUGGCUUGACUUGUAAAUGUCGAAAUCCGUACAAUUUUAGGCCUACUAGUGUUCAUGGGUACUUUGCAGUAGAUGUGCCUGAUUACGAAGCCCAGGUGGUUUACUCUGCUGAGCAGAUUAAGAAUGCUCGGGAUAGAUUUUUGCCCCUCGAGACACUCUCGUUUGUGAAGCAGUUAGCGUUAGCACCCCAAGAGUGUUUUUCAGACGACAUAAACUUUGUCAAGAACAGAGCAGCUGUUUCUGCUUUGCGUAGGGCAGUGUUCGAGGAGUUUGAUGAGACAUAUGCUCAGGCCUUUGGGGCGAAAACUGCACGUCAUUCUGUGAAUACACAGGAACCGCCUAGUAAAGAACCCCCUCGAGCUCCCUUGAGUGGCCCACUGGUCAUAGCUGAAACUCUGGGUGACAUGAAGGUCGCUACAAAGCCUGUGAAAGCUAAGGACGCAACAAAACAAGACAAAUAUCUUUUUAAACGGAGGGAUGAAGUUGGUGAUUCAAGGACAGUCCAAUUCGGCCAGGUCCAAGCAAGUUCAGGGGCUUCUCAGCUUCAGAGUGCUGAUGUAUCUGCUUCUGGAGAUUAUGUGCUGCAGAGACGGGCUCCGGUUCUUCAAACUCCUGUGAAACAUGAGCAGGCUGGGGUUGUCAGCACGGAUUUUACCUCUUCAAGUGGAGAUAUGCUCGGUAAAGAAUCGUCUGGUUUGAAGCCAUGUCCUGCUGAUGACAAGGGUUGUGCACGAACAUCGUUGGAGACAACCGGGGAGAAAACAGCUCAAAUCCCGGGACAUGGAGAUCUUGAACCUAUGGCUGGUCUUAAGCAAGUUGAGACUGGAGCACACUCUAGAUCAGAUGAAGUUUCUGUUCAACCUGCUACUGAUUCUCCUUCAGGUUCCAGUUUACGUAAAUCACCAUUCGAGGGGAAAAGUUCUGGUGGUGGUGUGAUCAAGAAGGUCAAAGUUCUGAAACGGUCUUUAGGAGAAAUGGGUUCUGAGAAUGCUUCUCCUGAGCUGAAGAAGAAAAAGAAAAAGAAGAAAGAGCCCGGGUCGGGAACAAACUUUGAACAUGCAGAAAAGAGGAAGCCCUUGUCUUCUGGUGAAGGUCUGGCCAAGAAAUCUUCCCAACUUGGAUCAGCACAGAGAGAGGACAAGGCAAACCAUCUGAAGAGAGACUCCAAUAAGGUAAACAUGAGAAAGACCGAUCUAGAGGUACCACAGCUCUUGGUUCAUUUACAUGCUCUUGCCAUUGACCCUUUCUCCGGGUCCUCAGACAGAGGUUCUUUUGGAGCUGUGAGGCAGUUCUUACUUCAGUUCCGUUCACUUACUUACCAGAAAAGCUUGGCUUCAUCUCCUCCCUCUGAAGCUGCUGAUAAUGCGAAAGAAAUAAACCCCUUGAAACCUGCAAAGAUUAUGAACAGAACUGGUGAUCCGUCAAAAACAGGGAAAAAGCGUCUCUCAUCCGAUCGUCAAGAAGAAAUCAUAUCGGCCAAGAAGCUGAAGAAGACUAAUCUGUCAAAGGAACAAACGGGCCUAAAUCCAGCACCUGCAAAAUCAAUAAGAGAGCAGCAACCUGGUUCGGCACCUACCAGCCAGGCGAAAACUGCCAAAGCCCAACCAGCCAAGAAGGCGGCUCCACCACCAGCAAAGGUGGUCGAGCCAACGAUGCUGGUCAUGAAGUUUCCCCCAGGCACGUCUCUUCCUUCAGCUGCCCAGCUAAAGGCAAGGUUCGGCCGUUUCGGGCUGUUGGACCAGUCAGCCAUCAGAGUCUUCUGGAAAUCCUCAACCUGCCGAGUCGUCUUUCUGUACAGAGCCGAUGCACAGACUGCCUUCAAAUACGCAACGGGAAACAAUUCCCUCUUUGGCAACGUGAACGUGAGGUUCUUUCUCCGUGAUGUGGAAGCUCCUGCCGCCGAGCCGCUCGAACCACAGAAGGGCAAGGCGGAUGAACCGAACAGGGAACCACAGAAGGAAUGGGCAGGACAAGCGCCACCCAUCAUUCACCAACCAAUUCUGCCUCCACCGACCACCCAGCUGAAGUCAUGCCUGAAGAAACCAGGCGAUGACAACCGUGGAACUGCCAGAGUGAAAUUCGUGUUGGGUGGGGAAGAACACACUAGUAGAAACAAUGCCUUCAACGACGGACCUUCAUCAUCAUCAUCGUCUGUAGCAAUGGAAUUUGUUAGUAAGAACUUUCAAAACGUUGUUCCUCCACUUCCUGCUUCAACAUUGCCACCCAUUCUUCCUCUCCCUCCCCAAUAUGCAAAACGGCCACCCCUGGUUAAUAGUACCAUGGACCAUGUGAACCCACCUGCUCAGCCACCACCUCGCAGAAAUUUUCACGGGCCGAGCCAUCCGGUGGGUGUGGCCGAGGAUAUCUCACAGCAGAUGAUGAGCCUCUUAUCAAGGUGCAACGACGUGGUGGCCAACGUUACUGGCUUGUUGGGCUACGUCCCCUACCAUCCCUUGUGAGCCAGACAACAGAGUGGGGGAUCGCUGAAACGGGUCCGAGAGUUCCAUCAAAUUCCAUGAGAGAAAAGACGUUGGCAAUGUGUCUCUCUCCAAACAUGGCUCUCUCUUGUAUGUGUGUAUUGAAGUUGGUUGCGAAUCUCUCCCCAAAAGGCCAUCAUGCUUUUUGUUAGAUAGUAAAAAGAAAAUGUUGACAUUUCAUAUACACUCGUUUUCGAUUUUUAGUUCAUAUGAUGAUGGAUGGACCAUGCUUA